UCACGUCAGCUGCAGCGAUCUGAAUGUCUCCCUGCCAUCCCGCUCCCUCUUGACCCACCCCACCGCCCCCCACACCACCGCAGGCACAUCCUUGCUGAAGCCGUUGUCGAUCUGCCCCACCAGCUCCCACUUGGCCGCCUCGUCCAGGAUGGCCCGCUGCACCACCUCACGCAACUCCAUCUUGCGGCCGCCCACACCGCCCACCACAAAUCACCGCAGCUGCGGCGCACGCACCACCUGGCCGCCCACAUCGGUCGUCCCGCCCACCACCUCCCUGUUGCUGCUGGGCUGGUACACUGCCGACUUGACGAAGUGCUCCGCCGCCGCACACACACGGCGGGCCAUGUCGCUGUGCCGCACCCCGAUGGCCUCCUCUGUGAUGGCCUCCUUGGCGGCGUCCAUGUCGAAGAGGUAUGACGCGAUGCGCCAGCCGAAGAUGGGGGCCUCCUGCGGGCCGGCGGCCAGCCGGGGGGUCAGGAGGGCCGCGAGGGAGCGGUGGGGGGCGAGGGCGGCGUUGACGGCCGCCAUGACGGCAGUGGGCAGCUCGUUCAGCACUGUGGCGUACUCCGCCAGCACCAGCUGGCGCUGACGGCGGCCCUCCUCUGAGGCUGUGCGCAUGCUGCUGAUGUCGGCACCCGCCCGCAGCAGGCUGUGGAUGAUGCGCUUGUACUUAUCACUCUCGGCGCGAUACUCCUCCCCGGUGGCCUCGGACAUGUCGGGGUGCUGCAGCUCUUGAAGUUGGGUGUGGUGAUCGAGCCACCAGGCAGCUAUGGCGAGGGGCGUCUCGCCGAUGCCGAAGCAGUCCCGUCUGUCGAUCUGGUCAGCGGGCAGCUUGCGGCAGAGGUAGUCGGCCACGUAGGGAGAGCCAUAAUAUGCCGCGUCGUACAGUGGCGUCCGCCCACCGAGGCUCUCUGCCAUGAUGUCGGCCCCGUUCGCUGUGACGAGGUCCAGAUAGCUGUCGACGAAGGACGGGGGGAAGUGGCCCUGUGCCCGCUCGGCUGCCCGAUGCACCAGGUUGAUGCCGUUGAAGCGUCGCUGGGUGGCGAGGGUGGGGUGUCGUGCGAUGAGUCGCUGAUGCCUCGACGUGAGCCGCUGCAGAUCCUCGAGGGGAGGCGGACGCAGGGGGAGGGACAGCUUCAUCAUCAUGUGUGCGCCUUCGUCUGGUACGCACAGCCCCACACGACACACACAGUGAAGGAAUGUGUGUGCGGAUCACAUUCUUUCGCGUCUGUCUGUCUGUCUGGAAACACUGCUGACGCUCGUCGGAUGGGGCGGUUGGUGCUGUCAAUGAGUGCUUUACCGAUUCGGAUUCGCUAUCAGCUGCCGCCUGUAGACCUCCCUCCUCCUCGGCCAUCUCGCCGUCUUCCUCCUCGGUCAUCUCGCUGUCUUCCUCCUCGGCCAUCUCGCCGUCCUCCUCCUCGGUCAUCUCGCCGUCUUCCUCCUCACACAACAAAUCUGAAACGAAGACAUUCCAACACAUUCGUCAACAACGCAAAAGUGAGUGUGCUACUGGUGUGUUGGUCAGUCUGUGUGGCGUGCUGUCGACUCACCACUGUCAGCGUUAUUGUCGUCUUGCCCGUCUGCCUCCCCGCCGCCGUUGUUAUCCUUCUCAACCACAUCGUCUGCACACGCAGUCGAAGACACACAUGCACGUGUGGCACUGAUGCUGUGCGUUUGAUGUGUCACAUUCAUCUGUAUGUGGCGUACCUGCGUCGCCACCGCCAUCGCCAUCGUCCGCCAUGGCAGCGGAGGCCAUGUGGGCGGCGUCGUCACCUCCAGACAU